AGCGAAUAACCUCAGCUGCCAGAAUGCCACUCUGCCACUCUGCCCACCGCGUCCGGCAUUCCGUGGCCAGCGUGGGCUUGCCUGCCUGCGAAUGCGUGGGAAAUGUGAUAGCAACUCCUACCAUCGGCCGUCGGCCAACAAGCUGACGUUUUCGCACUCGACGAUCCUUCCGAUCUGACAGCAAUGGCCCCGUUAGUAGUUAGCGGGUGGCACAUGAUAAUUGACGUAACCUUGAGAUCUAUGCCCUCAGUAAUCUCUACCAUGGUCCGCGGACAUGAUACCUACCUACUUAAGUGUCUCAUCACACGCUCCGAUAUGCCCGCCGUAGGCCCUUUAUAUCUCUCGUCUCCUCCUCCCCCGAGAGAAUACCACCCAUACUAUAAGGUAGUACCUUAAUAUAUUGAGAGGCAAAAAAUAACCAUGACUUCCAAAAUGGGCAUCGUAGUAGACCCAGAAUACGCGCAGAUCCUAGCGAAAUCCAGCGGGCAAUCCGGGGAUAACAUCACUACCGACGUCCUAGCCAUCCGCGCCUGGACCAAUGCGCUCAUCGAGGCCGCCUCCAAGGCCCAUCCGUAUCCCGAGGGCAUGCGGGAGAGCACGCACUCCACCACGUCACUAGACGGCACCAUCCUGCAUAUCACCCGCUUCCUGCCGCUGUCCGUGCAGAAGGAAGAAGCGGAAGCUGCGGCGGAAGCCGCGGCGGGUGCGGAGGCGGGGAAAGACGGAGGUGCGGAUAAAAAGGAUAAAAAGGCUAAGCGGCGCCCGAAAAGAGCCGUAGUAUUCGUGUUCGGCGGCGGCAUGAUAUCCGGCACGGUGCAAGCGUCGCGCGGCUUCAUCGCCGCCGUGGCCGAGAACAGCCAGACCCAGGUCUUCGCGCCGCAGUACCGCAUCGCGCCCGAGCACCCGUACCACGCCGGCGUCGACGACGUGUACGCGACGAUACAGUGGCUGCAGCGCAGCGCGGCGGACUUCGACGUCGAUCCCAAGCGCGUCAUCAUCAUGGGCCAGAGCGCCGGCGGGGGCGUCGCCGCGGGAGUCGCGCUUAUGGCUAGGGAUAAGGGGUUGGAUCCCCCGCUUGCCGGCCAGUGUCUGAGGUACCCGAUGUUGGAUGAUCGCACGUGGUACCCGGAGAGCGAUCCGAGGAAUAAGUAUUGGACGUGGAGCGUGGCGGCGAAUGAUAUGGGGUGGACGUAUUAUCUGGGAGGGUUGAAGAAAGAGGACAGAAACGAAGAGACCGUACCGUGUUAUGCCGUGCCUGCGCGGGCCAAGGAUCUGCGGGGGUUGCCGCCAACGCAGAUCGGCGUGGGUAGCUUGGACCUGUUCAAAGACGAGAACUUGGAUUACGCGGCGCGGUUAGUGAAGGCGGAUGUUGGUGUCGAGUUCCAUCUGUAUCCCGGCAUGCCGCAUGGCUUCGACGGGCCGCACGGGUUCACCGGAGUCCCCGCGAUGAGGUUGACUGGUGAGAUGUGGGAGGACGAGGCGAGAUGGAUUAUGAAACUGUAGGGCUGGGUAAGCGACGUUGUUUACGUUUUGUUUCUUGUCUGCAUAAAUUGUGUCGGCUCAAUGCCAAAAACAUGCGGGAUAUGGUUUUUGGGUAUGCAGCCUUGUUGGAACGGUCUUGCAAUAUACCCAUCUUCUGUCGUUCUCGCUGGGAUCGGUCGUCUAUUGUAGGAAUAAGGGUACUACUUCUCGGAUUGUUAGCAUGGUUAUCAGUAUGGUAAAGCUCAUAAUAGAGUCAAUAUAACGCAUCUCAAUUGUUCGC